CCGCCCAUUGGCUGCGCUCCGCACCCCCGCGGGAGCCCGGCCGGCAGGCCCGAGGGGCGGGGCGAGCGGCCCGAGGUGCGGGACCACUGGCUGCGGGCGGACUGCCGCGAGGGCGAGCGAACCGGCCGGCCAGGGACGGGCGCCGGCGGAGGACCCGCGCUCUGAGCCGCCGCCGCCGCCCCCUGCCCCCGGCUGGCCCCGGGCUCCGCGCCAGGAGGCGGCGGCCAGGCCGAGUCCCAACCGUGCGAGCCGGCGGGACCCCCGACGGCCACCAGCCCGGCGAGGGGCCAGAGGAGAAGGACGAGGAGGAAGGGCAGCCUCGCCGGGGGCCCGGCCAUGGCGCUCGACUUCCUGGCUGGAUGCGCUGGGGGUGUGGCAGGCGUGCUCGUGGGACACCCGUUUGACACAGUCAAGGUGCGGCUGCAGGUCCAGAGCAUGGAGAGGCCUCAGUACCGAGGGACCUUGCACUGCUUCCAGUCCAUCGUCAAGCAGGAGAGUGUGUUGGGCCUGUACAAGGGCCUGGGUUCGCCCCUCAUGGGGCUCACGUUCAUCAACGCGCUGGUGUUCGGCGUGCAGGGCAACACCCUGCGGGCCCUGGGCCGCGACACGCCGCUGAACCAGUUCCUGGCCGGCGCGGCGGCGGGCGCCAUCCAGUGCGUCAUCUGCUGCCCCAUGGAGCUGGCCAAGACGCGGCUGCAGCUGCAGGACGCGGGCCCGGCCCGCACCUACCGCGGCUCGCUGCACUGCCUGGCGCACAUCUACCGGCAGGAGGGCCUGCGCGGCGUCAACCGGGGCAUGGCCUCCACCCUGCUGCGCGAGACGCCCAGCUUCGGCGUCUACUUCCUCUCGUACGACGUGCUGACGCGCGCGCUGGGCUGCGAGCCCGGCGACCGGCUGCUGGUGCCCAAGCUGCUGCUGGCGGGCGGCACGUCGGGCAUCGUGUCCUGGCUGUCCACCUACCCCGUGGACGUGGUCAAGUCGCGGCUGCAGGCCGACGGGGUGCGGGGCGCCCCGCGCUACGGCGGCUUCGUGGACUGCGUGCGCCAGAGCUACCGCGCCGAGGGCUGGCGCGUCUUCACGCGCGGGCUGGCGUCCACGCUGCUGCGCGCCUUCCCCGUCAACGCCGCCACCUUCGCCACCGUCACCGUGGUGCUCACGUACGCGCGCGGCCCCGAGGCCCGGCCCGAGGGCGACGCUGUGCCCGCCCCGUCGGGGCCCGGCCUGGCCCAGCCCUCCAGCCUGUGAGGCCGGGGCGCGGAAGCGCCCCGAGCUCCGGACCGCAUCGGGCCCGGGCUGGAUCCCACGCGCCGGCGAGGGGCGCCCUUGGCCGCAGGCUCGACGUGCGCGGUGUCCUCGGCCGUGAAAUGGGGGGCCUCACACCCGCAUCAUGCACUCCCCGAGCGCAGAGGUGGCGCCCCGCGGCGCCCUGCGUGCACCAAGCCCGUUGCUGUUACCUGGGGAGUCUUCCGGAAACCCAGCCGACACUCCAGCCCUUUCCUGGGGUCCGGGCCGACACCACCGCGGGGUCUUUGAUGAUCCACCCGUGGGCUAUCCAGUGACUAACUCCACCCGGCAGAGCCCCAGGGACACUUCUUGGCCACCUGUCCGUUCUCUGUGUUAGGGACAGAGGGGCAGCUCCACAUAACUCCUGGUGUCCCAGAAUACUCUGCCGGUACCCCCCAGCUUCUCCGGUUGGCACGGCUGGGAACGCUGUUAACUGCUGCCACUCCCACUGGAGGGUGACCUGGGGGACCCGCUCAGAAGCUUGGGGCCGGCGGGCGGCUCCGUAUUAGCCUAGGGGUUGGGGGACCAGCCACUGGCCACCGGGACGGAAGAUGGACAGUUAAGUCCAGCUGCGGAGGGGGGAGGGCUUGCCACCCUCUAGUCCUCAGGCUGCCCGUCUAUAUAAUGGGGACACGGGUCAGCUGCUGUGUGGGGCUCUGGCCCGCUACCACUGGCCAGUUCCCUAGGAUGUGCAGCAGUCAUCGGGGAUGUGGGUAUAGGAAGAUCCCCACUCCCCAGCAAAUGAGGUCUCUCCCAGGGAGUCGUGCUUGGUGUUCCCGUGAGGCCACAAAGGAAGGGCUGUUCGUGGGCACAGGUGUGGCCAGUGUGGGCCCCUCUGGGCCAAGUGGGAUCCGAGCCUGUGCUCCUGGGACUGUGAGCCUGGGGCAGCCCCAGCACAUCUGGAACAGCAUGGCCGUGUGUUUGGACAGGGAGGCGGAUGGUUUUGCACAGGUUGGAAAGGACUGUGGCCUCCUUUGCCCUGAGUGGAGCUCAGCCUCUUGGGCCAUGUGAUACGUUCUCCCAGGAGGCAGACUGGGGUCAAGGAUGACCAGACUCUAAUCCUAUUCUUGUGGUGUCAUUGCUGUAUAGAAACCGCUGAAGGAAUAAACUAUUCUUUGUUUUCUUAA